AUGCCCGGAAUUAAGCCCGUCACCCACUCAGGACUGCAGACGAUCACUCCCGAGGAGCCCAACGCUCGCAAACGCAUACUCAGCUCGCCUUGUUCACCAGCAGAACGGUCGCCGUGGGUUAACCACUCUCCACUGGAGUCUCCUCCAUCGCUGCAAAAUACCCGAGAUCUUGAACGGUCUAUUGCCGAAACACUUCACGAGCUGCAGCACCACAGGGACUCGCCUCCGGACCUACCGAAGUUGGUGUCUGUACUGAACCAAUCUCUCACCGCAAUUUCACAUUGGUCCUUACAGGCACAACUCUCCAAGUUAGAAAACCGGUCCGCGCGCGACGACCGUUUGGCGGUGGAAAAUAAUCUCAUCAAGAAAGAAGUUGAGUAUUUCCGCAACCGAUGUAUGACUGCCUCUCGCGGUACACACGGUUCUACCUGCGAGUGCCACUCACAAGAGAAACUCCUGCCCCCGCUCGGCGAUGAAAGCAGCAUAAAUCCAGAGUCAAGUCAUCAACGAUCAGCCAAUGCAGUUACUUCCCUUGCAGAAACGCCCAGGCGGGUCACAAAAGUUCCUCGCAAAUCGACUGCAUCGAAGCGCCGGUCAUCGCAGUCACAACAACCUCAAAACUCAUCUCUAAUGCGACUUGUGGAAAACCACAAAUCGCAUCCACGCAUGCGAAGGACAAGUGAUAAUCCGUCUGCCAAUAAUUUUGUUCGUGUUUUUCAUCUCGAGAAACUUUAA